ACUUGGCAAAUUCCAAAAGACGGCGGCGGCGACGACAACGAUGUCUGGGUACGAGGCAGAGGAGACGAUCAAGCGCAUCAAGAGCCACAAGGGCGUCCAGGCCGUGCUCAUCGUCAACAACGACGGCGUCCCGAUCUACUCGAGCACGAGCGACGAGGAGUUUGCGAUCGACCACGCGGCCUUGAUCUCGCAGCUCGCGGCCAAGGCCAAGAGCACGAUCCGGACGCUGGACCCGACGAACGACAUGACGUUCCUCCGCAUCCGCUCCAAGAAGCACGAGAUCAUGAUCGCGCCCGACAAGGAGUAUGCGCUCAUCGUGAUCCAGAACCCGAACGCGGGGACCGACGCCGAGAUCACCGAGCUCGCCUAAGACGCUGCUCUCAUUGUAAUUACAUAUGCUUCUGUGAUCA